AUGUCAAAUAUAUCGAAGAGACGAAAGGAAGGCUCAAAGGCCAAGAUCAAGACUUUGGGGGAUCAUGAUGAGUUUUUGAAACGAAUAACCAAAACUCUGUACUAUGGCGAACUGCCGAACCUCCCAUGUUUGAGUCUUCCUGUCACUGAGAUCUCAUGCGACCUGUGGUCGGUGUCGCAGCGCGGCCGCUCGCUGCGGCGGCUGCGCGCGGACGCGGCAGCGAGCAUCGCCCGCAGCGCGUGCGUGUCGCCGUGCGCCCUCGUCCUCGCCAUACUGUACCUGGAGCGCCUCAAGUGCUGCAACAAGGAGUACCUCGCCGCCGCUGCACCGGCCGACCUCUUCCUCGUGUCCCUGAUGGUGAGCAACAAAUUUCUUCAAGACGACGGGGAAGAUGACGAGGUGAUUUGCUCCGAGUGGGCAGCCUCUGGUGGCCUAGAGUUGGAACAGCUGAAGAAGCUGGAAGUGGAAUUUCUGAACGCCAUCGACUGGAACGUAUACGUGAACGAGCGGUCGUUCGAAGCGGGCCUCGAGUGGCUGGAGCGGCAGGUGGCGCUGCGGCAGGCGACGCUGCGCGGCUUCUUCACGUACGGCGACCUGGCCGCCAGCUGCGACGGCGAGCUGCUGGCCAUUCUGGCGCGCUCCGUGUCCACGGUUUGCGCGGGCGCCGCGCUCGGCUACCUCGCCAGCCUCGUCACACUCCUCACCUCCACGCUGUUCGUGUCUCGAGCCUGGCUGCCCGCCCUGCCCGCUGCCGACACAAAUAUUAUGACGCAACACAUCUACCCCACCAUGGAGCCAGCCCCGUACCUCGCCAACGCCACGCUAGACCUCCUGCCCGACCUGCCGACGCUCGACGCGGACGACCCGCUGCUCGACAAGCCCAAGUGCUGCACCAAGUGGCUGCAGUACCAGGAGCGCGCCGAGACCAAGAAGAGCUGGUCCGACACCUUAGUCGAGUACGACUGGAAGACCUUCGAGCCGUGGUGGUGCAGGACCCCGUUGCUCAAUUGGCUGUACCACAGCUCCCUCAUAGACCCGAUGCAGCGCUGGUUGGAAAGAUUUGACGAGUAUGCCUAUCUGUUCAGAAAGAUAUUGUUCAACAUUGAGAGCACAAAGCCCCCGCUGCGAUGCCACGAAUAUGUGAACGGCGAUAAGAAGCAGCAGUGUGUCCGGCAAUGGCUGAACUUGAGCAAGUUCAGCGUUAUAAUGGCCUCCAUUUCAGAUCGG